GCCAGGGCCAUUUGGCGGCCCACCGCGCGGCCCGGCCGACCCCCGGGAAGCGCUCACCCACACACCCCACAGGCGCGCCCCCACACUCGCCUCUCCCCUCCCCCCUUCUCCCCUCCCCCUCCUCAAUCGACACAAGCAGCAUGGACUCCAUCCACAAGGGCUGGUUCAGCGAGCGCGGCGAGCUUUGGCCCGGUCAGGCCCUCUCCCUCGAGAUCGAGGAGGUCCUGCACGAUGUCAAGAGCAAGUACCAGCACAUCACCAUCUACCAGACCAAGACCUGGGGUCGCAUGAUGACCAUCGAUGGCAACAUCCAGGUGACCGAGCGUGACGAGUUCUCCUACCAGGAGAUGAUGGCCCAUGUGCCGAUGUUCCUGCACCCCUCGCCCAAGCGCGUGCUGGUCAUCGGCGGCGGCGAUGGCGGCGUCCUGCGAGAGAUCGUCAAGCACCCGGAGGUGGAGCAGGUGACCAUCUGCGAGAUUGACGACGUGGUGAUCGACACCUGCAAGCGCUUCCUGCCCUCGCUGGCGUGCGGCUUUGACCACCCGAAGGUCCGCGUGGAGAUCGGCGAUGGGUUCCAGUUCCUGCGCAACCACCCGAACUCCUUCGACGUCAUUGUCACCGAUGCCCCGGACCCCAUCGGCCCCGGGGUGUCGCUCUUCCAGCGGGACUUCUUCGCCCUGAUCCACUCGGCCCUGCGUGAGGGCGGUGUCGUGUGCCAGCAGGCCGAGAGCAUUUGGCUGGACCUGCCCCUGAUCCGGGACAUCGUCGGCUACUGCGCGGCCCUCUUCCCGGCCGUCAACUACGGCAUUGUCCAGAUCCCCACCUACCCGUGCGGGUCCAUCGGCCUGCUGGUGUGCUCCAAGACCCCGGGGGCCGAUGUGACGGUGGCCGCCCGCGCGCCGACCCCCGAGCAGCAGGCCCUCCUGCGCUACUACAACCACCCGGUCCACGCCGGUGCCUUUGCCAUUCCGCAGUUUGCUCGCGUCGCUGUCGACGAGGCCAUCGCCCAUGGUCGCUCGGUCGGCACCGAUGGCAUCAAGGUGGCCGAGGAGAAGUCCUCCUGAGACGUGUCCCAUCCGCCCGCCCCAUUUGUCCCCCUUGGGGGGGGGCCUGCAGCCGCGCGGUGCCCAUGAUAAACCUCCUGUCUCUC